UGGGCAUUGAUCCUCUUCAUCGCGUGUAACAACGUCACAAAAAAUUAAAAUAAACCCUUUUUUUCUUCUUUUUUUUUUUGGGUAAUCAUGAACGAAAAGAGAAAGAGAGAAGACUCUGUCGAGGAAGAACAAGAGCCCAAACGACCUAUCAAACCUAUUCCCGCUUCAAAACUACAAGCAUUUACCAUCGGAAAACAUAAGAAAUCAGCAUUUCAAAAGCAUAAGGAAGAAGAAGAAUUGAAGAAACAGCAAGAAAGCAUAGAGGCAGCCAGAGUAUAUGCUGAAUUUGUAGCAUCCUUUGAAGAACCCAAAGCAUACAAGUUGGGCACAACAUCAUUUGUCAAAUCAGGCACGCUUAUGCCCAAAGAUCAUAUUGCCGAUGAAUAUAAACCAAUAACAACAACCACUAUAAAACCAACAUUUAAACCAAUGCCAUUUGUCAAAGCAGGUGAAACAACAACACACCCUGCUCCAUCCAAUUUAACCACUAUGAAGAAUUCAACAAGUACUAAGACUAUGAAUGAGGCAGAAUAUUCGGAUGAAGAAGACGAUGCUUUGGCAAAGUUAAAGAAUGCCACCAAGGCACAAAAGAAACUUAAUCUAGAUUCAUUCCUUGAAGAAAUCAAAAAAGGUCAAGAAGUGCGAACACGGUUUGAUCCCAAAGCGAAUCAGACUUCAUCAGAAGCUACUGAUGACUUGAUUGGGUCUUUUGAUGAUGGCAAUCCAGACACAACCAAUCUUUAUGUUGGCAAUAUCAACCCUACUAUGACAGAAACAGGUCUUUGUCAUGAGUUUGGUAAAUAUGGGCCUAUUGCUUCUGUCAAAAUUAUGUGGCCAAGAACACAAGAAGAGAAAGACAAAGGCAAUAAUUGUGGAUUUGUGAGUUUUAUGACAAGAAAAGAUGCUGCUGAAGCUAUUCAUGCGCUUGACGGUAAAGAGAUCAAUGGAUAUACAUUACGUGUAGGAUGGGGAAAGGCCGUUCCUUUACCUCCUACACCCUUUUUUGUGCUAGACAAAAAAAUAUCUCAAGGCAAAACAAAGACAGGCUUACCAUUUAAUGCUCAAGUAUAUCCUGGCCCACCCGGUGUGAAUUCUAGGCCUCGAGCUGAAGUACGUGUUGUGAAGCCUGUCAAUGUCAAAUUAUUGCGUAUUAUUCACCGUGUUAUUGAGCGUGUGCUCAAGUAUGGCCCAUUAUUUGAAGCUAUGAUUAUGGAUAGAGAAUUCAAUAAUCCAACGUUUAAAUUCUUGUUUGAUAAUACAUCUUCAGAGCACAUUUACUAUCGAUGGAGACUCUAUUCAUUAUCACAAGGAGACACAAAUCAAAGGUGGAAUGAUGAGCCCUUUCAAAUGUUUGAAGGUGGUCCUUGGUGGAUUCCUCCUGAAUUGCCUUUAAUGGACAAAGAGACUGCAGAACCCAUGUUUGAUACAGACGAUGAAUUGGCAGAUCAAGAUAAUGUACCCAAAGGAACACUAGGCCAAGUAGCAAAGCAAAGACUAGGUGGUCUGUUACGCCAAGUGACAUUUCAACGAGGUACUAUUGCUCGUACAAUGGCAUUUGCUAUUGACCACUCAGAUGCAGCAUCAGAAGUUGUGAGUGUGCUUUGUAAAUCCAUUCUUCUUCCAGGCAUCCCAUUUUCAGUCAAACUAGCUCGACUUUAUCUUGUAUCAGACAUCCUUCAUAACAGUAGUGUUCAUGUCUCCAAUGCUUGGAAAUACAGAGAAGAAUUCGAACAACAAUUGCCUGUUGUGUUUGAUCAUUUCAACAGUAUCUACCGGUCUAUUAAUGCACGCUUAAAAGCAGAACAAGUCAGAGUAAGUCAGCUAGCAUUGUUACCAUUGCUAAAUGAUUAUUAGAAACAUAUUUCUUCACUUAUUAGUAUUUGGGAGAAUUGGAUGAUUUUCCCCAAAUAUUAUACAGAUCAAUUAACAGACAUCUUUAUGAAGAAAGAAAAGAUCACUCAGGAACUACCGGGAGAUGUGGAUGGUGAGCCUAUAGAAGAAGAAGAAGAAGAGGAAGAGGAAGA